AUGUCAAAGAACAAAAGUGUUGGAUCCACUUUUGACAGGUUACCAUGUGCCACAUCGACCCGUGACACUCUGUUCAUCAGAGACCUGUCUAACUUGACAAUAAACAUUGACAGAUUUGUGAUAGUCGCUGCUGAACUUGGAAAAACUGUUACCGAGUACUGGUCGGCAUGGUAUGAACAUGCCGAGAAAGGUCUGUAUAGUGCAGACUCGUCCAGACCCCUUAUCAAACCAGAUCCAAAUUACGUUCACGACCUCGAUGAUGUUCGCCCGGAGCUGUUCACACAGAUCCUCGUGGACGGAGAAACUGAGUUCGUACCGGAUUUGAGGAAGAUAGGACUACUCGGAAGUCGUUGGAUAGUAUCGCGAAAGCGCAAUACUAAUCUUUUCGACCUUGCAAAUGUGUGGAAGAAAACAGUUUUUCGUAAACUGGAUGAAGACAUUGCCGAAAAAGGUGGUGUUGUUCCCGAAACUCAAAACGUUAAUGAAACUUAUCAUUCUGCUCUAGUUGAAGCUGCUGAACAGAUAAGUAUCGAAAGCGAUAACGAGAUAAUACUUCAUAGACGUUCAAUCUCACAAGAGAGGGAACAUCCAGAAUUCGGCAGAAUAUCCAAAUCUUACAACCGAUGA